CAUGACGUCUAGAAAUAAUAAAAAAGAUACAAGAGAAAGAGCUAUUGAUAGGAGAGUAUCUCUAACGGAAUAUGAGGACAAUGAUAUUGAUAUUGAAGAGACUGCAAAAAAUACAGAAUACCAAAAAGGUUCAACUCCAACGGCUAAAUACGGGGUUCUGUUCCAGAAAAUGAGACAUGCCAUUCCAGAAUCGUAUGCAUGCUCGAUAGGAUGUGGUGGUGAAAAAUGCAAAUACUGCAAUGCUCCCGCUAGUGGAAAAUUUUCCGAAGAACAUAUGCAAAUAAAAGGUUUAUUUUCUAGUUGGAUUACUGACAAGAUAAUAGCAAUUUCAAGACCAAGCACAACUCUAGUUGAACGAUAUGAUAUUAUCGGACAAUUUGAACAAAAGAAUAUUAAAUCUAUAAUAAAUUUACAAUUACCUGGGGAACAUCCCGCCUGCGGAUUAAAUAAAUUAGAAGUAGAAGGAUUUUCAUACAAACCGGAAGAUUUUAUGAAAAAGAAAAUUUUUUUUUAUAAUUUUGGUUGGAGAGAUUACGGUGUCGGUACAACAAGUGGAGUGUUAGAUACUGUUAAAGUUAUGCAAUAUUCCAUAUCGGAGGGAGCUGUUGCAGUACAUUGUCAUGCUGGAAGUGGUAGAACAGGCGUUUUGAUAGCCUGUUAUUUUAUCUAUGCUAAUAGAAUGACAGCUGAAGAAGCUAUUCAUCUUGUAAGAUCUAAGCGACCUGGCUCCAUUCAGACUGUAUACCAAGUUAAGUUUAUUCAAGAAUUUCAACAAUAUAUUCGACCUUUUAAAAUAGUUUAUUCACUUCAAAAUGAUUGUGACGGUAACGAGGCACCGCCGUUCAAUCUUUCUCAGUAUAUUGUUCGACAAAGAUACUUGUUGCAUGGUCAGCAAUUUAGAACAUUUAAGUAUCUACCAAAAAUUGUUUACAUAAUAUGCGAAAGAUUAUUGACAUUAAAUAAAGAAAUGGAUAGAGACUACAACCCAGCAAUGAGACAAGCCGAUAAAAGAGAUCGAUUUGUGAAAGACGGUAAAAGGUGGAAAGGGAAAAAAACUGAAAAACUCGACAAGUACUACUCAAAACAUCAGGACUCGUCGAGCAUAGGAUCUGAAAAUAAUGAUAACGAUGAUGAAGCUGCGCAAGAGAGCAUAUCCUUACAAGUUAUUGAAGCAUUGGAGUUAGACGACUAUGACGGCUACGUGCAUAAGAGAGUAGAAGAGCUUAAGCAAAAAUUAAAUGCUGAAAUAAAUAUCUGGAAAACACUUGGAAAAGAGGAAAAUGCAGUUGUAUUAGCAAAAUUAUUAUGGGAUUGGAUAGAAGAAUUACACGAUCCUGUUCUUAGGGCACAAGACUUUCAAAAGAUGUUGUUAUUAUACGACCAUCCAUACGAAGGUUUGGCUUCGCUCGAUUCGUGUAGUACCGCAACAGUAGUUUAUCUAUUUCGUUUCUUAAGCGCCUUAGGCCCUUUAAACGAAAGCGAUACUUUAAAUUUAAUUGAAAAGUUUCUCUCAUGCCUCACUCAAAGAAAUAUUGUAAAUUGUGACUCAACUAUGUCGUCAACUUCAACCGAUUUUCGGCCAAGAGCAACCAAUUUUUCCAUUUCAAUUAAGGAUGGCAUUUCCGAGCGUCUUUUGAAAUUCUUUAAGAAUCUUUUGGGCGCCCUAUCAGAGGAUGAUAGGAACCAUAUUAAAACUACAAAUAAAAUGAAGAAACUUCUUUUCUCUUUACCAAAGCCAGGAGAAGAAUUGGAAUCACAUUCUUUGAAUACUACAAAUAGUUAUAAAAAAAAUAGCACAAAAAUACAAAGUUCUAGACAAGGUAGAGGCGGUAGUAACAAGUAUAAUUAUGAGGAAGAGGAAGAUGAAAAUGAAGAUGAAGUUGAAUUUCGAUCUACUAGCCGCCAACACAAGUUUCGUUAA